AUGGGUAAUCGAAAUGCAAAAAAUACUAUAAGAAAUUCAUCAAAUUCAUCAAACAAUAAUUCAUUGAAACAGGAAAAGCACAAUCAAUCAAAACAAAUUCCAUUGCUUCGAUCCAUUUCAACGUGUUCCUAUUUCUCAACAAAUGAAAAUUUGAUCGAUGCUGAUGAGAAAGAGAAUAAAUCAAAAUGGCUGAUAAGUUCCACUUCUCAUCGAUCAUUGCCAUAUGCGCCAUCGUCUAAUUCCACCGUAUCAUCGAUUAGUACUGAAACUAUUCCAUCAGUUAUUGCUGCUAAUAAUUCAACGAUAUGUUCAUACGAUGAUAGCGUUCAAAUCAUUUCUGAACUUGCAAAACGUAGUUAUACGCUUGAUUGCAGCGAUAUUCGACGAAUUCGAAUUUCGUGUCGUAUAUUCGAUAGAAAAAUUCCUGAUCCGACGACGAAUGAUCGUUCCGUAAUUAAUUUUAAGCAGCAAAAAACGAAAGAAUUUCCGUUACAGAACGAUAAUGAAAUAUCAAUACUGGAAAAUCCUGUUGUUGUUUUAAUACCUAAAACAAUGAAUAAAAGGAAAUCGUUGUCAGCCAGUUGGUUAAUUGACGGAAAAAAAAAUAGUAUGCAACAAAUAUCGAAAUCACUUAACAAUGACAGUCUGAUGGAACGACACAAUCACCGUCAACGAGGCAAACUGAAUUAUUCACGUAGUUCACUUCACACCUGCUCACAGUCAGAAACUUUAUCAGGUCGCGAUUUAAUGCGAAAUAGGAGUAGUAGUUUAAAUUUGACCGCUACUCAAUUAUUAUUGGUGCGUAAAACUUGGUCUCAUGCAAGAAAUCAAGGUGCACUGGAACCGGCAUUAAGUAUUUUCCGGAAUAGUUUCUAUAAAUGCGGCGAGAUUCGAUCGCUGAUCAUGGAUGGACCUAAAAAUAUGGGUUAUGAACGAUUGAAGAAACAUGCGAAAAGUUUCACUGAUAUUAUGGAUCGUUUGAUAACUGGACUGGAAGCAAAAGAAAUUGUAAUUGAAGAAUUACGAAAAGCUGGACGAGCACAUCUCUGCUUACUUCGUGAUAAUUGCACCAAAUUUGACAAUAAAAGUAAUACACAAUUAAUUGGCUGUCCAUUUCGUCUAAUUCAUUUCGAUCAUUUCGCAUCAGCAAUGAUUGAACGAACAUUAGAAUGGGGUGAAAAAAAGGAUCGGAAUAAGACAACACAAACCGGAUGGACAAAAAUUGUUUUAUUCAUUGUGGAACAACUUCGGGAAGGUUAUCAGGAUGCAAUCCGGGAAGAAAGAAGAGAACGGCAAAAAAGAACCGUAACACAGAAAGUUAAAUAUGACGAAUGUCACAUUAGGCAAUGA